AUGCUCAAGUCUAUAUUCCUCGCUUUCGGCGCCGCCAGCGCAGUGGCACAGACCCAGCCCGCUCCUGGAGGCUGUACCACCAACUCCUUCACCUUCCCGAGCUGGUUCGUCCACAAUUUCACCACGAAUCCUGCCAAAUACCAAGCGCAUUACACGCUUGUGAACAGAGCAACCAACUACACUCUGAGCGUAGGUUGUCAAGGACAAGAUGGCACUUAUUACACUUGCCUUGCCUCGGGCCCGCGAUAUGCAAUGACGUUUGGUGGAGCAGUCGAGCCGAAAGCAACCAUCGCCAUCGUCCAUGUGUCUGAAUUUUGGUACUGCGAUGACAGACAGACCCCUAAAGCGGAUGCUGCUCGUCAGUCAGUACGUCAAGCAUACGACGGAUUGAAAUUCGAGGCAUCUGGCAACGCAACCGUUGCUCUCGUUUGUAACGGCGAUGUGUGUAAGUCAUCCAACCCUGUCGACUUGGUCAAGGGCUCGCUCUCAGAACCUGUGGCAAUCACACCUGCGUAUGCCGAAGGACCGCCGGGACACAAGAGCCCAGGCUGUGGCGCCCUUUCCAAGACGCCAAAGUGGACACUGGGGACCAUCAUCUUCAUCAACGAGACAGGUGACGGGUCAUCUGCCAUCCAGUCUCAGUCGAUCCAGUUCCAAGUCACCAACGAAGCCACUGGGCACGUAGUUGGUUGCCUGAACUACUUCCUUGCUGGUCCAGGAGAAGAUCCGCGUAUCCAAAUCAACUGCGGCGGCGGUACAGAUCGCAAGAGCCGAUAUAACAUCCGAACCGGCACCGUGUUUUAUCCAAGAAGCUGGAAGUUUGAGAUCAACGAGACGUGGUACUGCGACGAUGUGGAUUCCGCAAAGCCAGUAAGCAUCACAGGCACAGGAAGCACCACUCUCCCUCUCAACUGCGACACCGGGUCGACCACCACAUACUGCCAAGCCGACGGCGUUCCCGUUCAAGGUCAGGUCCUUUCGAAAACUGCCCUCGCCCCUUACUCCAUCGAAGAUCCCAUCCCAACGGCAGAUGGUUGCACCAUUUCGUCCGUCCUCUCUCCUUCGUGGGCUUUCAGCAACUUUGAGCUCGACAAGAGCACGGGUGACGACGUAAGCUCGGCAGCCAUCAGCUUCAACCUGCAUCUCAACACCCAGAAUAGCCUCUUCGAUUUCCCUGUGUUCGUCUACCAUGACGAUGUCAAGUUGGGUGACGCCGAGACCUGGUAUCCCGGUUCAUUUGGCGCUGGUGAACAGCCUCUUGCGCCAAAGACUGCCUCGUUCCGGUAUCAUGAUAAGACACAGGAGAUUGCUAUCAAGAUGGAUUGGGUUUGUAUAGACAUUGAUCCGGAACAUCCGGUCCAGUUCAGCGGCGUCGCACCCACCAAGCUGCCCCAGCUGGAAUGCGAAGAGACAGACUAUGGGCUGGCGCGGUGCGUGUCUGCUCAGGGUUACAAAUGGAACUCGCCCGUCUCAAACGUGACAUGGAAAUCGUUGGAGGCAGGCUCAGUGUGA